ACUUUUGCAGUUCUUGGGUGAAUGGCGAUAUUAUAAAGAAGCAGAACGUCAACACGUGCCGCUUGCUACGAGUUGUGCUUAAAGGCUUUUUUUUAAAUUAAAUUACAAUAAUGGGUAAAAUUAAAAGAAAAUCUCAGCCGCCACCAGUUGAAGAGGAUUCAGACAGUGACUCCAGCUUUGCAGAAGAGGAGAUUGCCGAAAAAGAUGAGGGCACCCAAGAGGCAAUCACAGAUAGCAGUGAUGAGGACAGCGACGUUGAAAUGGACAGCAAACAGUCGAAGAAGAAAGAACAGGAAGAAGAUGCAGACGCUGCAGGUGAUGAUGAUGAUGAUGACAACGGUGAUGAUGAUGACGAUGAGGACGACGACGACGAUGAUGAUGAUGAUGAUGAGGAUAAAACAAAUGGUGAUGUAAAAAAAGCCCGCUUACCUGUACUAAAUCCGCUCAGCUUGAUGAGAAAUAAGGAACAGCGCAUGGCACUUUUCCGAAAAAUGAAGAAGGAAAAGCACAAGAAAAAGAUGCAGGAGCGUAGGGCACGUCGUAAGGCCGGUUUGCCCGCCAAUCCUGGUCACACAAUAGAAAGCUUGCGAGAAAAAGAUCAGACCGAAGUUAGCAAUCUUAAUGAUUCUGAUAACGAGGAGUUGCGCAAAGAGCUUGAGAUCGAUGAUUUUAGCUCAUAUUUUGAGCGCAUCUACGAGCCAAAAGUGCUUAUAACAUUUGCCGACAAUCCCGUGACAAAAACUCGCAAAUUUGGCCUGGAAUUGUCGCGUAUUUUCCCCAACGCUCUGGUGAAGAUCCGUAACAAAGCGUCGGUGAAGAAAAUCUGCAAGAGCGCCGAACGUGAACAGUUCACGGAUGUAGUCAUUAUCAACGAGGAUAGACGCAAGCCCAACGGUUUACUUGUCAUACACUUGCCAAAUGGACCGACUGCGCAUUUUAAGCUCUCCAAUGUGAAAUUGACUACGGACAUUAAGCGGAAUCACAAGGAGAUAACCAAGCAUCGCCCCGAGGUUAUACUGACUAAUUUUACAACUCGUCUGGGUCUCACUGUGGGUCGCAUGAUGGGCGCUCUGUUCCAUCAUGAUCCCGAGUUCCGUGGCCGCCGCGCUGUCACCUUUCACAAUCAGCGAGAUUACAUAUUCUUUCGUCAUCAUCGCUACGAGUUCUCCAAGGAAGGCAAACGCGUAAAGCUGCGCGAGCUGGGACCACGAUUCACACUCAAGUUGCGGUCACUGCAGGAGGGAACAUUCGACAGCAAGACAGGAGACUACACUUGGAUCAUUAGCAACAAGCGACAUGCCAUGGAGUCCAGGCGUCGCUUCUUCCUCUAGUUUAUAACAUUAAUUUUCAUCAUUUGAAAUG